AUGGUAUUGAUAGGUUGGGUGCCCUUCCAGAUGAUGUUCUCCAUCACAUCAUGUCCUUUCUUGACACAAAAGAUGCUGCAGCCACCUGUGUGUUAUCCACUAGAUGGAGAAAUCUUUUCAGCUGGUGGAAAGAUUUCAGAUGGAGAAUUCCUUGAUGGGGAGUUCUCUGAAUCUUUAAGUAUCGGUUACGAGGUGGUUCUACAAAGAAACAGGGCUCCUAUUAGAAAAUUGAGUCUGGUGGAAAGAUUUCAGAUGGCGCUUGAAUUCUUUAUAUCUGCUGCACUUGAUAUUGCUCUCCAUUAUUCUCGACAGUUGUUGCCAGCUUUCGAAAACAUGACAACUGUGUUGCUUGAAGCUCCUUGGAAUGAUGUUUUUUAUCAUACAAAUUUGUGGACAAUGUUACCCGCAUUACUUCAAAGAGCCCCUAAUCUUGAGGUCUUUAGGAAUGAUUUUGGUGGAAUCAAAGAAUUCGGGUGCAUCUUGGCAGAGGCUAUUCCUAUAUGCAUCGUUGAACGUCUUAGGGAGAUAGAAAUCAGAGAAUUCUAUGGGGAGGAAUAUGAAAUCAAGCUAGUGCAGUAUUUCUUGCAGAACGGGAAGUCUUUGAAAAAGAUGACUCUUUGUGGAGUUAGGCAGCAGUCAAAGACGUUAUCGGAUGGUUGUAAUAAGAUAUUGUCAUUCAACAAAUCCUCAGAGGUCUGCCAGAUUGUGUUCUUCAACAAAUCGUAG